AUGCCUCCGCGCCGCCAACCACUCAGCGCGCUCGACCUGAGGUUGCGUCUCUCGGCACUGCUCGUCGUCAUCGCGCAUCGCGUCCUUCCGCCCGCCUGCCUCGCCGCGCCUCCGCCCGAACACUCGCCGGCGGGGGAGGCGGCGAAGCUCCUGGCGUUCCUGGAGAAUCCCGAGGGGCAGUUCACGCAGUUCGCCGCGGCGCUCAAGCGCACAGAGGUGCCGUCGCUCCUGCGCGAGUCCCUGGCCAACGGCACGCGCUUCACGCUGCUCGCGCCCACGGAUUCCGCCUUCGCGCGCCUGACGGCGCAGCACCCGCGGCUGUGCGCCGACGCCGACUCGCGCCUCACCAUCGCCGCCACGCACUUCGUCGGCGGGCGCUUCCCCUUCUCCCGCAUCGCGCUCAAGGCGCCGGGAUUCGAGUUCCGCACAGAAGGAGUGGACCUGGUUCGCUUGCCUGACGCGCCCCUGGAGCAAGGCAAGCGGCGCGUGCUACUGGCCGUCAAGGACGCCCCCUUAGCUUCACCAGCUGGUGCUGGGGUAUCUGAUCAAGGUGGAAAAGAGCAGGGUAUAGGCAACCCUUUGGCUACUGCUGCUGCUGUGCCAUCAGCUACUGGCGCAGGGGUCGCCGCGGGGCAAGUGCUGGUGGGGGGUGUCACGGAUUCUGAUAGGGCUAAGGAGUUAGCAGCGAGGGCACAUGUGGUACGGCCAAACGCGCUGAUUUCCCGCCGGAUAGUGGUGCACGGGAUCGAUGCAGUUCUUGCUCCAAAUUAUGUGCUUGACUGUCAACAUUAG